GGGAGACACAUGAGUCACCAGCCGGAGGAGGGGAAAGAGCUGUGGUGAAGGAUGCAGCUGCGCUUACACGAAUGCGCACUGGCAGAAGAAACGAGGAUGACGAUGGGAAACGAUUUUUAAAUGUCACUGAUCUCAAUUUAGAGGAAACGUGAGUCUCAAGCCUGUGGAUGGGGAUUUUAUCCUGGGAAAUGCACUUUAUUCCUACUGUGAAGACGACCAGCUAAGGAAAAAAGAAAAACAUUGGCGUGUGACUGUGUGUGUGAUGGGGGCACAGCGAGGCUGUCAUCGAAUCCCAAAGGAGGACACAUCAGCAGCCAUUGCCAUGGUAACUAAUUACUGUACCACACGAUGGCGGAUUUGACCACAGCUGUGAACGCAGACUGGCGACAUUACUAACGCUGGACAUCGUCUUAACACGAAUAACUGAAUCUUAUAAUAGCUGACAUGUCUUUAUUUACUGUUAAACGACCGCCAUAUAACCGUGUCACCUUCAGUGUCACCGGAAUUUAACUCCGGGUCAUUUCCGAAUGGAAAACUUGAGGGGGAAAAAAAUCAAUUGAGUAGGCUAAUUAAAACGUAGGCUAUUGGGAUAGGCGAAGCGUUUUGUUGCGUUCAAUUACAGUCGGAAAUAGCAAAAAUAGAAGGUUAUGGAAGGGGGCAUAUUACAUGCAGCGUUUGAAGGUGGCAAAAUAUAAAAAAUAAUAUAAAUAUUGCUGUGUUACAUUUUGUGCUUAUGUGUACACCCUUAAAUACGACAAUGUGUAUCGUGAAAACGCCAAAGUAACGACACGUACUACACUAAUAUUGCAAUUAUUACGAAUCACGUGAACCUCAAAGGUGCGAAAGGUAUGUAACCGGCGUUUCCCCCGUCUUUCCCGUCGAUUGUGUAAUUCCCUGAGAGUUUUAAAGGCACCAUACGCUACAACCUAGUUUCAAGGAGAAUGGGCGGUCUAGUGUCAGCCGACCUCACGAACAGAUGCCUAGUGUUGUCAUUGUGGCUUCAGUUUUGAGUCAGCAAAGACGGACGAAAGGUAAGCUCACUCAACUCGAAAUUGAAGAAACCACAUAUAUAAUGUGUUAUGUUCUUCGAAAGCAACACUGUACGCGUUUUUUAGUUCCGUGUUGGUGCACGAGGUGGCAGCUGAAAGUUUGGUUGAUUGGGUAACUGAGCCAUGUGGGUGUAAGGGGAAACGUCGCCGUGGUCUUAGUGGGAGAUAUAUUCAAAUUUUGUGUCUUUAGGUUGUGUUGGUAAUGAAUGCUGCAUUAUUGGUAAUAGAACAGCGGUGUAAUGCCCUGUUCUGUUCACUGUCCUGGACACUGUGGCACAUGAGUAAGCAUAAGCCGGUAUGGCUAACUCGAAAUGAAUGACAUGUUGGAGCGUGUGGUGGCAAUUACCCGAGACAACAGCAGAUCUUUGUUGAGAAGUAUGAGGGAAAUACAGAUAUUCUUCUUUAUUAUAUCAUGCCAGACCACCAGCCGAUCACCAGUCCAAGCCGGGACUCAUUUCGAGGUCGAAGCCAGACUAUCUGGACCAUAAGGUAGCCUACACGAAGACAGCACACAACAGCUGCUUUUCCUACACCUAUCCUUGUGGUCUACAGGAAUUUGAGUUUACGCACAAGUCUUACAAUGCGUCAUUGAAGGGUUCGGGAUGCACAAAAUUGCAUUUUGCAUUUCAACACAGUCUGGCUGAUACCAAUAUUUUAUAGGCCUAUUACCUAUUGUUGUAAUUUUAGAAAUAUAAUAGACGUCCAGCACUAGACUGUACCUGUUUUACUCAUGGUGACAGUCUGUUUGCUUUUAAAGAGACACACACAAAGAAAAAACAAAACAAUGGUGGACUAGGGCUGAUGGUCAGCAUGAUUAUAUAUCUUUUAUAGUACUCAUAGCUGAUUACAUUGAUUAGUUGAAAGGUGUGCUAAUUAGCUGCACAGUAACUAUAGCUACUGUUAGCGCAACUAGUUAACUUUUGGUUUUAACAUCUGAUAAGGCAUGAAAGUGAAGUUUUUAUUUUGUAGUUUGAAGUAUUUGGUCCUAACUUUAGAUGUUCAGUUUUUCAUUUUUGCUGUUACAAAACAAUAGUUGUCAGGCUCAUGUAGGGCUGGGCAAUAUGAGAAAAAGUUUAUCACAAUAUAUUUUUUUCAUAUCAGUCGAUAUCGAUAUAUAUCAUGAUUUAAAAAAGAAAUUUAACAGUGCUUAUUGGUAGCACGUCUUUUGCAAUGCAAUAAGCUACUGCGUCUGUGAGGUCUUUGUGUCUCUUCGAUGUUCUGUUGUAAGGUCUUGCGCUAGAGAAAGCGGACUGAAUGGUCGGCUGUUUUGGCUACACAUGCGCCAUGGGUUCCUUGCUCCGCUCGGGGUUUGUAACCUUUCGCAUUGCACGUGCUCUGCGGUGUGGCACUGCUUCAGGUGGUGAAAAAGAUUUGAGGUAUUUCCCGACUUCACGAGAAUAUGUACUCGACAUAAUUUGCAGUGCACAUUACUCUGCUUCAUGUCCACCUCAAAAAACAAAACUUCUCUCACACCACCGACAUUUCACCUGCAUUUCUGCCGGGAGUAGCACUCAUUUUCUUUUUUUCUCACUGACAGUGCUGUCGACCUCACUUGUUAAGGUGCUAUGGUUGCGAGUAGCUGCAGCCUGGUACUACGCAGUUGUUUGCUACCUGGUUCUAUCUUGAAGCUUGGGUUCUUCACUACCACAAACAGACACAUAGCAGUUGAUCUGUACAGUAUACACCAUAAAAUCAAGAGGCUAUGAAGAAAUAAGUCGUUGAUCGUCUGUACUCCUUUGACUCGUUCUGUGAAUGGCAGAACUGUACUGUUGAACAAUGCCAACACACUGUCCUUGGCAGAUCCACCAGUCGUACUCCAUUACUGUUGGAAGCCUAAGCUGCCAACAUGAUCAAAACUAAUGCAUUAAAUGGCCAUGAUGUUUUUAUUUCUUCCAGCACUGGUGAUUAAUAACUUUUAAAGCUUUUGUCUGCCUAUACCAAUGCUAAGCUGAUAACUUUGCACAUCCCUAAUAAGGAGGUGUAUCCUCAUUUUUAAUGUAUUAGCUUGGAGGUAGUCUGUCAGUCAUCUAUCAGGCAAGAGAGAAUUAGAUGCUGAAUUCAGACUAUGCAAUAGUACAAUAAAUAUAAUAGUUUUGAGUGAAUCAAUAAAAGGUAAAUUAGCUUAUAUUUGCAUCACUACAUUCUUGUUUGUUUUAUACUCAGUCCAAAGUGAAGCAUGUUGAAAUGGAAUUCCCUGUUGGCCCAGCUUUUAUAACCUUGUACCCCAUCCUUGUGUACAAAAAAAUGUGUCCAACCAAAUUUCCUGUCAAUGAUAGUAUUCGAUGUUUGUAGUUAUUUUUCCAAGCAGGCCAGGGUUCAGUUUAAGGUUUAAUGAUUACACGAAUGAUUGGCCUUUUUGGUCGCUGUGAUACAAGCAGAGUGGGGGCCUGUGUGAGCACAAAUUCCAGAGACGAUCAGUGUAGACCAGCUGGGUCUUGGAAGAAAGUAUGUGGAGUGCACACACACACACACGUAUGGAUAUUCAUGGCUUCUGACUUUCUUUAAACAUUGGUGUCUUCUUUAGUGAGCCCCCACAAACACUGGUUAUUAUUUAACUCUUCAGCUUUACAAAUAACCAGCUCUUCAAAAGGAUGAUAUAGUACUGAAGUUUAGAGACUCCAGUAGCUGCAGUGUUGUAUGAUGGUGCUUUCUAUUAACCAUCCUAAAGCAAUUUUUGUAAACUCAUAAACAUUUCAUGCCAAUUAUUUCAUGUAAGAAAUUCACACAAUAGCAGUUAAAAAUAUCAUGAACUAUUAACAGUAUCGACCCUGUGAAACCUACUUUGUUUGACCCUUUUAACGGCUUUUGGUUUAAGUUUGAAAUCAGUGGAUUACCAUGAAAAUGGGCUCCUGAUUUCUAUAAACCAGGUUAGUGAUACAUUGAUUUAACAUUGGUUGUUUCCUGUGUUUCGGCAGUACAGCACUGCCACACAGGCUUCAUCUCAAAGCCUCACAUAGCCUAAGCCUGAACUCACAGAGCUGUCAACUCUGCUGGACCGAAAAUACGUAUAUGUAUGAAGACAAGUGUAACAGUAUGAAACAAAUGCAAAUAGGACAGAUUAUGCUGUUUGUUAAAUACCCUGACUUGAGAUAAUUCUGAUCUUUUUCUGACAAACAAGGACUGAUUUCUACUGGUCUGGGACAAGAAGUAAAUUUCAUGCCUGUGGGUGAAGACAGUAGGGUACAGGCCGGGGUGAAUUUACCACCCUGUGCCGACUACGGAGAAUUUGUUCUGCCAGCCCUUUUGUAAAAUCUCUGCAAGAAUUUCAUGUGAGCCAGUUUGUGAAAGCAGCAUAAAAGUCAGAAGGACCCACAAUAAAUGAGUAAGACGAGACAAUGACGUUUGGAUCAGGUUCACUUUAGGUUUGUUGUACAUCAUAGUUAACAUUACUGCUAUGGGUUGUUUGAUUUUAAUUACUUACUGGGACGUUAAAUUUUUCAUAAUUCUACGAUCAUGCUACCAGUGUAGAAGAGCUACUUUACCAUCUUAAACAUGCCAGCAUGUUCUUCUCUGCUCUGUAGUUUAUACAGUGAAUUGCCUUUUUAACAUGGAGAGGGGAAACCCUGUUAUCCUAUUAUCCUACAGUGUCUGUGUCUGCUUGGCCUGCUGCCUCGAUGUCUUGUUAACAUUACACAGACACUACUGCAGCAUCCUUUUUACAUCACGCCCUGCCUUCUGAGACCUCUUCUCUCCCUUUUGUCUUAGAAAGAUACUAUAAUGAACAACAACUUGAGGGAAUUUGAGGGGCAGAAAGCCAAGAAAGCUGUUAAAGAGGGCUCCAGUUGUUCAGACCAACCAAGAUAAAAGUUUUAGUGGUGAUAACUAGUCCACCUGAGCUCUGAAACUGCUGAGUUAAGCUGACAAACUGAUGGUAUGACCUGUGACCCAACUAGUUAAUUUACAAAGGGCUGGUCACUUGUGUUAACAGCCAAUCGGCACCAGGAGAGGUCAGCUUGAUGAGCGUGUAAAAAAACUGUUGCUAGAUUGAAAUGACACCAACAAAAACUGAAGAGUCAAACAUAAACAGUAAAAUGUAAAGCAGAGCAAAAUCCCGAUGACUUCUGUCAAAUGGAUCGGAUGUUUUGUGGUAGAGCUUUAAGAGCACAUUUUUUCUCGUGUAAAGUUUAUUAAUCAUAUAUGAAAUGUUUUAGUUUUGAAUUUAUGUGAUGAGCUCAAGCUAGCGAAAGUAUGCUAGUGCUAGCUAACCAUAGAGUAAAUCAGCUUUGGGAAGAAUUUAGUAAAAACAAUCAUUCAUCUGUCUGCUGCGAUAGUUUCUUUAGCUGAGAGCAAACAGCGUCAGGACAGAGGAGAUGCUGCUGAGAUUUUAGAACAAAACAGAAGCCCCCCCCCAGGAAUUGACAGCAACCAACUGGUGCAGAAGCAAACUGGUUUCCUUUGGCAAUUUGUUAUUGUGGGGAAAAAUUCCCAAGUAUUACGCAUUGCAGCAAGCCAUUAACUGUACAGUCAGAUGAGAGUUGCCUGUGGGGUCAAGUACUCUGUGGAGGCAACAUAAAGUGAGUGCUUUUAGACUGGCACGGCUUUGAGUAAUGCAGAUGAGUGAUGAGUAACCUGGUCCUGGAUCUUGUACUGUGGUAUCAGCCUGACUGCUAACCAUCUGACUCUUGGGGGAAUUAUGGAUUACCAUACAAAUAACUACAAUUUGUUCGUAAUCUUAUUAUGAUAGUGCAUGUAGUCUCUCUAGGCUGUCUGCUUCUCUCUCAGCCUCUGUAAAUGUUCAUCCUGUUCUGUAUCCACCAAUCAUAAAUAAGCAUCAAUCUGUAAUACUUGGAGCGAAGUGAUACACCUCAAAGAAUUUUUAAUGUCACACACAGAGGCUUUGUCACUUGACCAAAAAAUAUCACAAUAAAAUAACUGAAUGGUGCACUAAUGUUUGAGGUCUGUUAUUUGAUUGAAAACACUUAAAAAAGUCAUGUUAAAACUGAGAAAUUUAACCGCUGGACAAAAUUUAAGUGCCUCAUUGCUGGUUUAGCCUUCCCAUGUGGUAUUAUUAUAAUGGCAUUAGUUUUGAACAGGAGAAGGUUUUUUUUUUUGUUUUGUUUGAGCAAAGCAGUGCAGGACUGCAGACCAAGGUUGUCGGUUGGUGGUGCAUACAUCAGAUAGACUUUAUCAGCAAGCACAUGCUGCAUAGGUCUGUUUUUUUUUUUUUUUUUUUUAAAUCCACCCAAAAAUGAUGUUUCUUGGCAUGCCUUUUACUGCGUUAAAUAUUUGAGGUACUAAGCUACAGUCACGCCUGUUGAAAUCUCUGUGUAAUGGGUGCUCAUGAUUCAUGAACCGAAUCAGCUGACUGGCUUGCAUCCAGACCAUCACACAAAGUCGCCUAAAAGAUAAUAAGUCAUAAUGAUAAGAGUGGGAUUUUGUAAGGUCUUAGCCAGGGCUUGAUCAAACCAGGACAAGCAUCACACAGACAGUUCUGGCAGUGAAGGACAUAAUUUCACAUACUUAUGGUUUCAUACAUGCAAGUCCUGCUGAGUUCUUCUGUAGUUAUUUGAAGGACAAAGUUUUCUGACCCUAUAAUGCUCCCUUCGAGCUUGACUUAUACCUCACCUACUGUAAGCCUCACUGCAAACAGGUGAGGUUCUGUUUAUCAGCAUGUAGUCUGCAUGAAAAAAUCAAAUAUCAUUUUCAACUAUUUUAAUGAUUUUAAAAAACUUUUUAAUAUUUUAUUGUUUUUAAGCUGACAAAUGCUUCCUCUGCUCCGUGUUUCUCAGGGGAAUAAAACCAAAUUGAGACCUAAAUAAUUAGAUGGGAAGAACAGGUAAAAGGCUAGGGAGCUCUGGGUCUGGGACCCACUGUGCACUGAGGUGUUGGGGAACUAUCAAGUCUUAGAGACUGGGUCUAAGUUAGAGAUACACCGAUGAAUUUUUUUCUGAUCCAGUACAAUACCGAUACCUGGGCUGAGCGUAUCAGCCGAUCCAAUACUACUGUUGAAUGAAUGAACUGUAUACCUUGCCCUGUGAGUGAAAGCAUCAGGCUUGACAUUCGCCUUGGUAAAAAAAACAAAAAAAACUUUAUAUUACUUUAUAUUAUUUAUUAACAAAUAACAAAUUGCACAUUAGCACACAGCAAAAAGAAGUAAGACUAAAGAAAAAUUGAUUAAAAGAAAAAAAAAGAGACUGGAUCGGAACGCUGGAUCGGCAUCAUUCAUCAGAUAUCCAGUCCAGUUAAUUUGUCAAUAUCAGAACCAAUAUCCAAUCCAAAUAUCAGAUCGAUGCAUCCCUAGGCAGAGUCCUGUGGAGCUCCUGGUCUGAAAAUUUGCGACCUAUUUUGUUUUUCUGGGAAACAGUUUCCAUAAAUAAUUAGGGCAAACACAGAAAAGAUUAAUAAAUGUAUCUGCUUGUCUUUUAAUUUGUUUUAAUCUCUCUUUUUUCAUCUCCUUGCAUCUGUAAAGCACUUUGAAUUGCCUUGUAUAGAAUGGUGCUAUACAAAUAAACUUGCUUCACCUAAUGUUCUGAUUUCUUUCCCCUUGUCCUUAAAACCCGUUUCACUCUGUCCUCACCUCUCUGCAGUCGGCUGCCCUUCAGCGUUCCCUUUUGUGAGUGAACUAAUAUCAAUAGAGAGCAGCACAACACGUUGAGAAAAGCAAGGUGAUCUUAUUUCAAUGUGAGCACAGCAAGAAGUGUCUCAUUAUGUUCACAAAAAUACAACCCCUGUAGAGAAAAUCAAGAGGACCGGGUAAUGGAUCUCUUGUAUAAACACAUCAAGAGAUAAGGUUCUGUUUGCUUAAAAUCAUCCAUGUCCAAAAAGAAAAGAAACAUGGCAGGAUAUUGUGAUAUGACGUCUUUCUGAUGCAUUUCCUAAGCGUGGUGAAAAUAUUUUCCUGAUUCCUGUUUUUUUUUUAUAUACCUGCCUCCACAGUGACAGUGAUUGGAUGAGGUCACAAAUAUACUCCCUUCCAGCAGGCCUUAAGUUUUAGAGAGCACCAGAGGCCAGCAGCAGCUACAUCCCAACGUAAGUACACGCAUUUACUGUUUCUUUUCCAUGCUUAUUUUAAAGUGGCGACUACAUACAUGACUGUUUACAUUUUUCAAACUAGGAGACCGACAUUUGUGUUUUUGCUGUGAUACAAAAGGGCGAAUAGUUUGCAUUUGUGUGAAGUUCUGCACUGUUUGUACUGAUAAACCAAAGCCUUUCUUAACGGUUUGUUUAAAAUUAUAUAAAUAGCCAUUUCUACCACGGCCUAUUGAUAUUUACUCUGCCCUGAAACAUAUUGUUUUCCCAUCUGGGUUUAUCCAGGAAGUAGGAAGCAGAUGCUGUAACUUGAGUAACGGACAGUAUGGCGCACCGCAUUAAUUUCUGACCUUGAUGGAAUAAUAAUAAAUGUGUUAACCCAAGAGUCCCUGUACUAAUGUGAUCACGAGUCAUGACCACAGGUGUUGACUCCUUUAGAGGCGUAUGUAACCAGUCCAGAUUACUCAUUUAAAGGCGUUUGUCCACCUCUCAUAGUUAGUAGAAAGUUGUCCUGUAGUUAGGAUGACCAUACGUCCUUUUUUUUUACCUGGACAUGUCCUCUUUUUGGGGGCUGUCUGGCCUUUUCGAGGGGAGUGUAUAAAAUCCUUCAAAUGUCCGGGAUUUUGUACAGAAGCCCGUUUGUUUCCCCUGUAUUUACCAUACACAUUCAAUGGUUAAUUUAGAAAAACUCUCUGAGACGCCAAACCCUGGAACGUGUAUUUAUUCAUUCACUAUAAAACAGUGCAGCGCAUCUGCUGCUCUGCCUCUGCACUGUCUGCCGGUGAGCAAAAGAAAAGGGGGGAAAUAUUUUUCUUUUCUAAAAUACAGCUGUGAAUGUUCUGAAUCACUUAAAGUUAUUCUCAUGUUAAAAUGGCUUUUUACAAAACAGCUUUUUAGCAGUUAUAUGUAGUAAUAACAAUAAUAAAAAGAACUAUUGUACCAGUUGAAUAGCGUAUAAUAGAUAAAAAUACACAUCAAUGUGAAGAAAUGACUGUUAUUUAGGGAGAGAGAAGGUGAGGGAGGGCUGGGGUGGAGAGUGGGGGGUAGUAGGGAUACAGCUCAACUUACCCCACUCCUAUGGUCAACACACCCCAUACAUAAAUUGACCAUAGGAGACCACUUUUUUUUGGCAUGCUAUAUCAUCAAGACAGUUAUGUUUACACUCAUUCUGUUGGUUUGCAAGGAUGCACAACAUCUUGAAAAAUAUGCAGAUACACUAGUUAGAGACAAAACUAUGAUUGCCUUGAUGUAGUGAUCCGAAAUAUGAAAAAUGGCUUUAAAUUGUGCAGUCUGACCUCAGUAUAAUAGGAUGAUUUUUUAUUUCUUAGUUAAAUCUUAAAAUUAUGAAACCAUAUAGUAUACAACUUUUUCUUCUCAUUUGAUAUAGUACACUAAUAAUAUCUGAUUCAGUUUUUUCCAUAACUAAACGCUUUGAAUUAAGAGUUGUCAGGUCCAUUACAGUCCAGCACUCAGUAAGUGAUGAUCUCUACACUUUUUUCCUCUAGCACUUCUUUUCAGUCCUCCAAUGGGUCAAGUAUUUUCUCAAGGGUUGUGACCACCCUUUAAAGGCCCUGCUUUCAACAGCCUCCGCUCCUUCAACCCCCCGCAAACAGCGCUACCAUGGGGGAGGUCGUACAAAUGCACUUCACUACGGUGGACUAUGUCAUCUUUGCCUUGCUGCUGGUGGCCUCAGCUGGCAUCGGCCUCUUUUAUGCCUUCUCUGGUGGGCGUCAGCGCACAACACAGGUGGAUUCAUAUCUUUCUCCAUUUUUCUGACUAACUUAGUCUUUGUUUUGCUGUACCAUCCUCACCUGUCACAGUUCAGAAAUGUUGAUAUAUAUCGUUUCAGAAAAGUCUGACUGCAACUUUUUUUUUGUCUGUUUCAGGAGUUUCUCAUGGCCGACCGCUCCAUGAGCUGCCUGCCUGUCUCUCUGUCCCUGCUGGCCACGUUUCAGUCAGCUGUAGCCAUUCUUGGUGCUCCAUCUGAGGUGUACACCUUUGGGACUCAGUACUGGUUCCUGGGCGUCUCGUACUUCUUGGGCCUGCUCAUCCCAGCUCACAUUUUCAUCCCGGUCUUCUACAGGCUGAGAUUGUCCAGUGCCUAUGAGGUAUGAGGCACACGUUCUUCAACAUGACUGUGCCAAAGUGGUUGUUUAAUGAUCGUCUAAUGCGACACCUCAAACACUUUUUUAAUUGUAAUCUCCUCUUUUCUCUGUCUGCUUGUGUUUUGUUUUCACUCCGUCGACACCUGUUUCCUGCUCCCCUUGGCUUUGUCUUGCUAAAGUAUGAUCUCAGAGAUAAACAUCCUUAUCUGACCUUUUUUCUACUUAACCUCAGUGUGUUAAUGUUCACAGAAACAAAUGUCCUUGUGCUGAGACUGAACAUCGUAAAAGCGUACUUAUCUACAGGGACUGAUUUUGUCAUUGGCUGGGAACAGUGCUGCAUAAAUGUCCUGGGUUUACUCUGAUAGUGUGGAUUGAAACUGUUAUUUCCAGUCUGUAGACUAAAUAUCACAAACAACACUCAUGGUUCAAGGCAGAAUGACUCUGAGAUGAUAGCUUUGUCUGACUUUUGAUUUUGUUUACUCUUUUUUAUUUUCUUUGACAUUUUCUCCCCAUGACAGUAUCUGGAGCUGCGCUUCAACAAGACUGUUCGCAUAUGUGGGACUGUGACCUUCAUCUUUCAGAUGGUAUCUUUGUUUAUAUUUUAUCAGUUUUCGGAUGUCUUCAUGUUAACAUAUUUUUACCUUAAAAAAAAGGCCCACGAUGUAGCCCACCAAAAGAAAACCAAGUAAAGACCGUGGUUACUGUGGAAAUCUUUCAGGCAAGGCUGUCAACUACAGCAGACAGGGUCAAUUUUACCAUUUAGUUUGGAGGUUUUUCUUUCAUAAGAGUGUCAAAAAUGUCUGGGAAACCUUAUAUCCUGACAUAUCAGUAGAUUAUAGGGAGAUUAUAUCUUAAAAAGUCAAUUUUCUGUAUCAGAAGAUCUAAAAUGUUCUGCAGAGAUACUUACUAGUUAGAAAGGAGGUGCAUUAAAUGUGUGCUUGCAGAUGCUGAUUUCACAAUAAACCGACCAUCACAGGAAGAGUAACACUUAAACUCGGACCAACAUUGUAUUCUUUAGGAUUAAAAGACAUGUGUAUAUAUACAUAAUGGUUUCCAUAACAGUAUUGGCCAGAAUGAGUUUGAACAUGUCAGAUAUCAGCGAAAAUCUUAUACCAUAAAUCCCCAAUUCAUUCAUUUAUAUGUGCUGCCUUCAUGGACUUAGAUGACACCAUGGAUUCAUACAGUCCAGGGUCCGAGAACACAACAUGUCAUAGAACAGAAGAAGAAGAAACAAAACACUUACUUACACUUAAAAAAUUGUUCUUUUUUAGUCUUUUUGAGACUUUGCCAAUAAACAGCAAGUCUAGUAUAAGUUUAUUUUGACAUAUUUGAUUGAACUCGUCUAGUUUAGUGUAAAUUUCACUGAGAGAUUUUUCUGCCGUCAGCAAACAACUUUGUUUUGGCACUAAUUUCUGGGUAUAGUAAUGGCCUGCAGUGAUCAUCUGCUGAGAUCUAUGGUGAAUAAACUAACUUGAAUUUUAAAACCGUUCACUCAUAGUUAUGUUUUAGAUUCUCUUGGACUGAGUAUUUUAUCCUUGUUUGAGAUCGUGUUAAUAAAUACAAGCUUAUCAUCUGGCUGACACAUUACAGCUGUAGAGUCUAUUUUAGUUCAGUUUACAACGGCACGUAGUGUGAUUUGAUAAGGCCGUGUCAAACUGACCCUUGUAAAAAUGUUAUUAAUUCAAAGUGUAGCAAACAUUAUCUUUUUAAGAACAUCUGUAUGACUAGCAUUUUUUUGAAAUCCCUUUGAAAGUGGACGGGGUUUUACAAGUGAGGAACAUAAAACUGGACAUGUGUGAGUCAACCGGCAACAAAACGUGACUUCUGAGCUCAGCUCUUUUUUUGUGAGUCUCCUUGACCUGCAGAGUUGUUCAUUUUUUCUCUUUCCCUUCAGGUCAUUUAUAUGGGUGUAGUCUUGUAUGCUCCAGCCCUGGCACUCAACGCUGGUAAGAGAAGCACAGACAAUCUAUAGACUGAUGCAAAUAUCACAUUUGCUGUUGUUAUACUCCUGGCCAAUUCAGUAAACCAGUGCUCUCCUUCUUUCCACUUGCAGUCACAGGUUUUGACCUGUGGGGGGCAGUGCUAGCCAUGGGAUUGGUGUGCACUCUGUACACUGCUUUGGUGGGUUUUCAACUGCUUUGACAAAAUUAAACACUCUGAAACAGACAAACUCCAACACACCUGAUUCAAAUGAUCAGCUCGUUAUCAAGCUCUGUAAUGGCUAACUAACGAGCUGAUCAUUUGAAUCAGGUGUGUUGGAGCAGGGAAACAUUCAAAACAUGCAGGACAGUGGGCCUCGAGGACUGGACUUGAGGACCACUGGUCUAAAAGAUGCUGAAAUGUUGUAGUUCACACUUUUUAUGGGAAAUGAUCAGUUAUUAAAAACCCAAAUGAAGGCUGAAAGCACCUGCUAACAGUUGGAGGGUAUCCUGUAAGUUAAGGAAAUCAAAGUAAAGAGAAAUUCUGAUUUACCAAGUUCAGAGCAGGCUCAAGGGAGUGUGAGAAUGAACUUAUUAAAGAUGAAUAAGUCCUCUACCAAAAGAUCUGCCUGAGUUUGAUCUGUUUGUAUCAGUAUGUCGUGGUUUUCACCUGUUUGUGUAGAUUUUAGUGUAAUAUAUUGCUGCUUUUGUUUCCCAGGGGGGUCUGAAAGCGGUGAUCUGGACCGACGUGUUCCAGACAGUGGUGAUGUUUGCAGGCCAGCUGGCGGUCAUCGUAGUCGGGGCCAGUCAGGCAGGAGGCAUAGCAGAGGUGUGGAAGAAAGCAAUCAAUGGCAGCCGCAUUGCUGGACUGGAGUAAGUAAUAUUUGAAGUGAAGCAGAAUUAAGAAUCCUCUUCGAUUUGAAAAGGUUUGACUUUGCUUUCUUGAAUUCGUACUCAGGAGUGUAUAUUUUAUUCAUACACCUUUGCAGCCUGAACCCUGACCCCCUGGAGCGCCACACCUUUUGGACCCUCGGUGUGGGAGGAGUCUUCCUGAUGUUGGCGCUUUACGGGGUCAACCAAGCCCAGGUCCAGAGAUACCUCAGCUCUCGCACAGAAAAAGAGGCCAUCAUGUAGGUACCAAUGGUGUUUUGCAACCAUAGACUGUAUAUACAAUGGACAGCAUCUGCCUCCUCGCUGGGUGAAGCCACUCAAAGAACAGCACCCUCUGGUGACUGGCUGCAGUAUAGGUCAUAAAUCCCGCCUCCUCCAGCUAUCCUAAUGGAACUGUGGACAAACUUUAGAAAUUCAUUACACAGAAUACACAUUUUUCUCCCCCCUACUUGCGAUGUUGACAUGUAGUUACAGUAAGACUGGUUUGUGUUGAAGUCCUCUUUUUUCCGUGCAGCUCAGUUUUUAAAAGUUAUUAGGGGGUUCAUGUUUUCUAUGAUUGACACUUGAUACAGCCUAUGGGCUUAAAGAUUAUGUUGCUCACCCAGGGGAAUCGCCGUUUGAGCCAAGCAUCAUCACAGCGACUCUCGGCGACUAACCUGCAGAAAACAUACAAUGCUACUCCGCAACACGGGAUUACUUUUCAGCUUCAAAUCCGUAUACUGGCGGAAGGCGGGACCAAGUUGUCCAUAGUAUAUACAGUCUAUGUUCACAACAUACUUAGCUAACCCAUAAACUAGUAUAGGCUAAUGCUUACUAAGGCUAAGCGCUUGUUCAUAAAAGUCUGCCCUCAGCGGCAGCAUGGCUAACUUAUUCCUGUGUCUCAAACAGAGGCAGGCAGCCAAGUGAGGGAGGCUUUUGGACUGAACAGUAACAGCAGGAAACACUGUCAGCAUUAAAAUGAUAAACAUCAUAAAAUCAAUUUGGUAGAAGCGUGUGUAAAAGUUAGACUUUUCCUCAUGUCACUUAGACUUAAAAGGGUGAUAGACUUAAUCAAGACUUUGUAUGUUUAGGUCUCACACUUGCCAAACUCUACUGUAUUCAUGUCAUUUUCUUUACUGCUGUUCAUACACACCCUGAAAAUCUGGGUCAUCUUGUCUCCCUUGUUGUAUCUCUUGAGAGUUUGUUUCCAUGUUUGUCCUCCUUAUCUCUUUUGUCCUUACAGGUCCUGUUAUGUUGUUUUCCCAUGCCAGCAGGUCGUCUUAUGUCUUGGCUGCCUGAUGGGUCUAGUCAUGUUUGCCCGCUAUGGAGAGGACAGCCCACUAGAGAAGGGCUACGUCAAAACCAAUGACCAGGUAAGCAAUAAUAUGCCAGUACACAUCAACAAAAGUUGUCUGUGGACACAGAAGAGCAGGUCCAGAUCAUGUUCUUGUACUUUCACACUAUACAAUGAAGUGUUCAUGCAGUAUACAGUAUCCUGAUAUCUUGUUUCUAUGUGCAGAUGGUGCUGUAUUUUGUUAUGGAUGUGUUCAGGGAUCUGCCCGGGCUCCCGGGCCUGUUUGUAGCCUGUCUCUUCAGCGGCGCGCUCAGGUAAACAUCCAAAGAUCAGACUUAAGAGUCAGAUAUCAUUCACUGUUCAAUGCUUUUAUUCCUGUGUAUACCACUGGACUUCAUUUACCACCAUACCAUGAAUCAACAUUAUUAUUCAAGCUCUCUGUAUGUUUUCCUCCAGCACCAUCUCAUCAGCUUUCAACUCCCUUGCAACAGUAACAAUGGAAGACCUGAUUAAACCUUAUUUUCCGAACAUGACAGAGGCUAAAGCAACGCUGCUGUCCAAGGGGCUGGGUAUGGAAAAUAAUGUUUUUGAGGGGAGGCUGUUUACUUUUUGAAGACAUAAAUGCCUCACAUAUACACACUUCAUAGUGGGUUUAAUUUUCAGUGUACUGUACAGUUGGGAUGUCUCUUAGUUCUUAAGCUAAAAAUAACGUUAAAAGUCAGCAUCAAAUAUUACCAUUUACUUAAAGGGAUAUUCCGGCGUGAAAUUAAGUUAGGGUCAAACACACAGUAACACUUUGUUAGACACCCCCUCGAGAGAUGAAUGUUGUCUACUGCUCGCUUCUCUAGUUAUACCAACUUUAGUAACGACCGCACGAUAGCAAUACACAACGGUCUAUGGAUCCACGCGCACACCUCAACCAAAAAGCUACUCUGUAGCCACAAAUAAUGCUCAGAACAGCACCUAACUUCAUCAGCAGUACAUAUAGGGUCCCAGCCAUAGUACUUGCCACCAAACAUCUUUUUUACUUUGCCUAAUUUCUUUAGCAAAGCGACUAAACACAACUCACCUACUCUCUUCCAGCAGCCGUUUGUGUGUAGGGAGCCCUCAGGCCAGUCCAUUACAGUGAGUUGCGGGGUGACGCAGCUCAAGGAAGAACAUUUAUGAUCAUUUUGUUCAUGGAAAUGCAAUCAGACCGAGACGCUAAGGCAGAAGAACUACUUCGGCUACCGCUGUGUAUUGCUAUCGUGCGGUCAUUAUUAAAGUUAUAACUAGAGAAGCAAGCGGUCGGCAACAUUCAUCUCUCAAUGGGGUGUCUAACUCGGUGUUUCGGUGUGUUUGACCCUGACUUAAUUUUACGCCGGAUUAUCUCUUUAAUGUGAUGUGGUGAUAAAAUGUGUCCUUAUCUGUUAAAUUUACAGCUUUGGUCUAUGGCCUGGUGUGUCUGGCGAUGGCUUACCUCGCUUCUCUAAUGGGAUCUGUGCUGCAGGUAAUGUAGCUACGUGGUCCUUGCUUUCAUAUCUCAUAUAUAUGCUGGCAAAUUAUGUUUGUACUUAGAUUAUUUUUUUCAUAUGUUGCUGAAAGUACUACUAUCCACGUGGUUUUUGUCUGCACGCACAUUAUCAGCAACUUUUGAAGCUAACGUCCUCUUUAUUUUUUGUGUGUGUGUGUCUUUAGGCAGCCUUCAGCAUCUUUGGGAUGGUGGGUGGUCCUCUGCUUGGCCUCUUCUGCCUGGGAAUGUUUUUUCCCUGGGCCAACUCAAUAGUGAGUUCUUCCAACUUUGUUCACAGAUAAACUGUAAUGAGGAGUUGGAAAUAUCAUUUUCUCCUUCUCAGAAAAUGAAUCACUCCAUCCAGUCAGGAGGGAUGCAUAAAUAACUAAUGAACUACAUGAAUUAUUUUGUUAAAAGUUAAACAAAUCCCUUUUUUCUUAAAGGGUGCAGUGGUGGGGUUAGUCGCAGGUCUAGCUAUGGCCUUCUGGAUCGGCAUCGGCAGCUUCGUGAUGCGUAUGUCUAGCACAAGCCUGGUACCAACACUCAACGCCACUGUCCCGCCUCUGUUCGACAACAUGACCACCACUGUCAUGACUGGACUUGCCACUGCUACCACAGCCAAGCCCAGGUAAGACCUGAGAACGGUCUUUGUGGACACAUGCACGCUUAAUCAUUCUGGUUAAACUCCACCGAGUGAAGAUGUUCAAGUUUCCAUCUCUGAAUUUCUUUCAGGCCCACAGGCGUAGAGGCCCUCUACUCUUUGUCCUAUAUGUGGUACAGCGCUCAUAACUCAACCACUGUGGUCGUGGUGGGUCUAAUCGUCAGCCUCCUGACAGGUACACGUUCAAGUUUAUACCAGUUUCCAAACCUCAUCACUCAGUACGUUCACAUGACACUCAAUAAAACCAAAGUAUUGCCUUACUCUGAUUAAGACCAGACAAGCGUACAUGUAAACAAUUAUUCCGAUCGCCACUCUCUGACCUGACUCGAUCUUCACUCUUUGACCUUUGGCUUAUUUAUUGAGGUCAGUACAGAAGGUUUCAUUAUUAACACACAACUGCAGGUGCCGUGUCUGCUCCUCUGGUAACAUAACAAGGCGUACAUACAGAGUAAUGAUGUCACAUCUGCACGCAGUGUUUGACAGAACAGUAAAAUAAGUAAGCAAGGGCGCCAUCUGGUGACAUCAUUUAACAGGGGGAAAACUCCUGAAUUGGAUGGAGUGAGCCACUACCCCUUUUGUUGGUUUGUUGACAGCACAAGCGUAAAUACAACUCUCCUUCUGCGGUUGUUUUAGCCAAAUAAGACAGCUGCGCAUGUCCAAACGCUUCUAAUCUGAAUAAAGCUUGAUCGAUUUUGCACCCGUAUAAACACUGGAUUCAGAUUAUCGGAUCCCUUCAAUUUUUGAUCGGAUCAAAAAAAAUUUGCCCAUGUCAACAUUGUUACUGAUUUUAUGAGGCUGCAUCAUCUGCAAAGAAGUUUCAGUCACAUGGCUGGUGUUGUGAAUAAGCCACUACUGCAUCCCCUCUGUAUCUCCUGGUUAACUGUAGCUAUUUGGUCUUAUUUUCUUACAUUCAUGUAAGCCUUUUAUUUUGAAAAAGCAGAUUAUAGGUUCAUCUGCUGUCUUGUUUUUGUGUGUGUGUCAGGACCUAUGAAGGAGAAAGAGCUGACCCCUGGCACAGUGUUUCCAGUCCUGGGCACACUACUCUUCUUCCUUCCUGAGCGCUACAGAGAGAAGCUCUGCUGCAUCACUCCUCUGACUCAAAAGGUACCCUCCUCUUUCCAUUCUUUACUCCUUCAUGCUUUUACAUUAAACCAAGCAUUUAACAUUAUUUCUGCCGACCAGCCCAAAGAAAUCAGCACACAGCCUUAUCAGAUGGCCAAGAAAGACAGCAGCGGAGCGACUUACUGCAAAGAGGACGCGGUCACAAAAGACAAGGAGACAGAGAGUGACAAAGCACAGACAGACGACGACGACUUGGAAACAAGGAUGGCUCUGCCCUAUUGUCAACUGUCAUCUCAUACGGUUCAGGAAACUGCCUUGUGAUCUUUUCUGUCUUAGCUGAAUGAUAUGGACGAGAAGCACAGUUUCACUCCCUGUAACUCAGGGAUGAGUGCAGUAAAACAGAUAAUAGAUGAAAAGGCCAUCCCAGAGUAUUAUGUCCUGAAGGUCUACAGCGUAAGAUGUUUGUAUUUAUGUUUCCGAUGGCACAGCCAGCUGAUUCUGAUCACGGAUGAGGCUUGUGGGUUUAAGAAUUUAUGUGGGUAAGUUUAUUUUAACAGUAUCUUUUUAGAGAAAUAUAACUGGAAACACGUCUGCCAGGCUGGAACUGCGCACUGAAAGCAACAAUCAAAGAAGAAACACUAAUGUCUGCUGGCGUCACUGGCAACACUCGGAUGCACACAGGUCUGUGCAGGUGUGUGCUAAUGAAUGUGUGGAGUUUAGAUUUAAAGAUGGGAGCUCUCCUGCAGAGUGAGCUGUCCCAUCCUGACUGGAUCUAGUCUUUUUUGACUCAGAAUCAGAGCAUGUAAAAUGUGAUAUUUUUUUGGAGAAGAUAGAAAUAUGAAAUCCCAGAAUAACUACGAGAAAAUAUAAGACAAAGAGAGACUACUUGUAUGGAGAGUAUAAGAUGAUGUUGUAGUGUCUUUUACAUGGCCUUGGUUAGUACUAGUAUUCACCUUCUAGCUGCUACUACAGAUGUUUGAAUGCUGAGUCACAUACACUAAACUAGCCGGUCACAUGGGAACAAAACUGGACUCCUAAAGGAAGUUAAAGUCAGGUGCAUCAGGAGAAAGCAGAAGAGUCGGUGUGAAUGCUGCUGUGUUCUGAUUGUGCGCACAAAUAGGGGUUUAAGGUACUACUGUCUUCUGGUUUUAUGCUUGAAAGGAUCUGUGUACAUCAAAUCCAGGGUUGUGCCCAGCUGAGAGUGUGGUCAGACAAAUUUAGCGUUCAACCUAAAGACGGGAAUUUCUCUUUGUUUUUCACUACACUCUGCAAACAUCCUUCAUCAACCUGCAGCAGAAUUCUCCUGAGUAAUGUUACCUACAGGAGGAAGAGUAAUUAUUUCUCCAAAAGCACCAGCUGUCUGCUAGACAUAACACAUCAAUUCUGUUCUUUUUUUUAAAUCAUCUCAUCCACAUUUCUAAUUGUCCUUGGACUCCAGCAUCAUCACUCAAAUCCAAGGACAAAGUCUGGAUUAAUGUCAGGUUUCUGGAUCUUUAGUUAACCUAAGAUACAGACCAGUCUUUGAUUUAUGUAGUCUGACUUGCAGCAGCAAAAUCCCUCUGAAGGAUGUCGGUGAGUUAUGUUUUUUCCUCUCUAUAACACUGCUUUACUACUGUUUUUGUAACUAUAAAGUGUGUGUAUCUUAGACCUCUGAAGAUAAUUCAGCUUAAUUUGUUUUUGUGAAUGAGUCUCAAAAUUUAAAAGCCUAAGUCUGACAUGUUUCAAGUAUUUCUAAAUAUUCAGUAUUAUACUCUGGGAGAAAACCACAGAGACGCUGAUGUUUAUUGACUAAUUGAUGACUUUUAAAGAAAACCAGUAUGUUGAUUUAGGAUUUGUGAACAAUAUAAGCAGCGGUCAUCUUGAGUUGGCAUUGAAACACAUUUGGGACACUAAAAGGUGAUCACUAUCUCCACCGUUCAAAAACUUUGGUGCAGUUUUUAUUGUUUUUUUUUAUCAGCAUGAUUCACCAACAUAAUGGCAGACACUACAAACGGGUUGCCUUUCAUCAUCCAUGUUAGCAGGUUGCAGCUGCUAGAGGCCAAAUCAGCAGGGUAGCUAUGUGGCAGAGUAUGUUGCUGUCUUACAAAUCUUGUGGUUCACCUAUUUUUUGAAGUUUAUUUAAUUUAUUUAUAAUUAUUUUGUCUUUUUUUUCUUUUGUAGGGAGGUUCUCAGCAGCUUUCACCACUAAAAAGAUUAUGAAAGAAUAGCUACAUAGAUUGCCAUCAUAUGAGCAAUACAAUAUUACACUACGAAUAAGACAAUAUAACACUUAUUUAAUAUAAUUUUAACUUAUUAGCUCAAAGAUGUCAGUUUUUUUUUUCUUUUAUUUAUUUACAAAAAUUCACUUUCACAAGGCAAAUUUAACUGGUAGCAGCAGCAGCAGGGUUGUGCCUGACUGCAACCAUACAACGCUACUAAAAGUAUAUUUUUGACUCAGCAUUUUUCACCAUUAAACCUUUGUGUUUUUUUAUUUAUCUGUAGUGAACAUGCCCUGAGCAUUUAUAACCCGGAUAUGUUCAGGAAAUACACUAAGUCAUCAUGCAAGACCAAAACAGUGCCUCUCAUAUUGAGCGGAUUUGUUCUCAAUACACUAAAACUCAGAUGGGUCUUUGGCAUUGAUCGGAGUUGAUGUCUUGAAACGUGUAGCCCAUAGCGACCACAAUCUCCGCGGGCCUGCCGCUGCUCCCACCUGAUGUAACUGCCCUGAAAAAAGCACAGAAACACUACAGGUCACUGCUGUUGGUAGAAACAGAAUGAAAGGAUCAAGGGUCUUAAUGUUUUUGCAAAUCAUCACAUUGAACACAUCACAUUUUGAUUCACGUCCUAUUUUGAAAAUGAGGUCGUCAUCAUCAAGGCUUAUAAAUGUAAAGAUGAUUCAGUCAUCUCUUCUUCUUCUGUUUGUAUUUGAACUUUUUACCUCCUUGUAAGUGCCCGUCUCUUUUAAUUCAGGUAAUGUAAGUGCCAGUAUGUGAUUGAUUUGUGUAGUCAAGUGAAGUUCAAAUAUCGUCACUGUCAUGAUUUUUGGAAUCACCGAAUUCUUGACCUUCAUGUUUUAGCCUUUUGAAGUCACCCAUUGUCAUUGUGGCCACUGAGGUGUUUUGUGUGUGCUGUAUUUUGAGUCAAUGCUGUCUGUGCUCUCGAUUAUUGACCCCAUGGCCAUGUUUUGUCAUGUGACUUAAUUUUCCUAUUGUUGAGCAUGUGAAUGAGAAACCAGUCCAACGUGUUUCUAAAGAGACUUUAACAGUCCAGAGUCCACCUGUAUCUCAACCCUCUGACUGUGCUUCGUCCGCAUGCUGUUACAUGCCUGAAGACUUCGAUAUCUGUGUCUCAGUUGCCUUAAAGAUCCUGUUUAAACCACCUAUAGCUGAAGUUGCAGAUUUACUUUAAGUACAUGCCAGACAAUCACGGUGACCUAGUUGAGCAACAGGAACGAAACACUUGAGUGUGUUUCUCUGUUCUUUGAAAAGGAUUACAGACUCUUGACUUUUCUGGACCCCCUUUAUGAUGGAAUGUUGAUCCUUUUUGACCGGCUUAAGCAGUAGUUUGUUAAAAACAAGCAACUUCCUAUACCAUACUCAUCGUCCUUAUACUGCGAAAUACCUCGAUUUAUCCAAAGCAUGUAGACAAAGAAACUUUUGCUUUAAACCAACAGAUGAUUUGUUUUUGAUUGUAUUUGUAAUUUAACUAAAAGCCUACAUGCAUUUCACAAUUUGAAAUGCACGUUUUUAUAUUUAAGAACCAUGAUUUUAUUUUAUUUACGUGAAUGUUAAAGGAUUUGAUGGUAGCAGUCCACUACAGGACGUAUGAGCGUCCUUUUGCCUUAGACAACAUUUCCCUCUGGAAAUGUUGCUCAAACUCAGCUCAUGUGAUAACGCUACAUCCCAUUUGCCUCAGAGACACAUUUUGCAAACACAUUUGAUGAUUGAACAAGUUUUUGAAUCACUUGUAAAUCAUAUGUGACAAUGUGUACUGUAUUUAUGAUUCUGUAGUAUUGAAUCUUUUGUCCUCAUACCUGAAAUUACUUGAAGUGUGUGCCUCAGUGACAUACAGAUGACCCCCCUUUAUAAUAUGAGGGAAUAUAAUUCAAGUGCUGGCAUAUUAUUGCUGUUAAAGAUGUUGCUAUAAACCCCCACUGAGUGGAGCACUGUGAAACUAGAGAACACUAACACCGUAUAAAGCACAAUGAUGUCGGUACUCAAUAGUGUUGCUGAGAACCUGAUUGAAGCCAUCAGUUGGUGAAUCAGCAGCAUAGAAAAAAACAAGUUAAAGACAAACAUGUCAACUUGAAUUAUUCUCUAGAGGUCCCCUAUAAUGUUAUUUUAGCUGUUUACAACACGCACAAGUUGUCUUUUAGGUAAGGUUUUGAAUGGUGAUGCACAACUUAUCACAAAUUAAAGGGACAUUCCGGUGUAAAAUUAAUUUAGGGUCAAAAACACCGUAACAUUGAGUAUGAGACCCCAGCGAGAGAUGAAUGUUGCCGACUGCUUGCUUCUCUAGUAAUACCAACUUUAGUAAUGACCACACGAUUGCAAUACACAACGGUCCAAGAAGCCACACACAAAGCUCAACCAAAACGCCACAGCACUAGCCACCAAAUAUCUUUUUAACUUUGUCAAAUUUCUUUAACAAAGAGACUAAGCAAAACUCACCUACUCUCUUCCAGCAGCCGCUUGUUUGUAACAAGACCUUGGACCAGUCCAUCAUUGACUGCAGUGGGCUGAUGCAGCACAAGGAAGAACAUCUAUGAUCAUGCGUCACCCCGCUGCAGUCCAUGAUCGACUGGUCUGAGGACUCGCUACAAACAAGCGGCUGCUGGAAGAGAGUAGGUGAGUUGUGUUUAGUCUCUUCGCUAAAGUAAUUAGGCAAGGCUAGGACCCUAUAUGUACUGUUGAUGAAGUUAGGUGCUGUUCUGAGCAUUAUUUGUGGCUACAGAGUGGCGUUUUGGUUGAAGUUUGUGUGUGGCUCCUUAGACCACUGUGUAUUGCUAUCUUGUGGUCAUCACUAAAAUAACUAGUGAAGCAAACGGUAUACAACAUUCAUCUCUUGAGGGGGUGUCGAACUCAAUGUUACGGUGUGUUUGACCCUAAAUUAAUUUUACGCCGGAAUAUCCCUUUAAGUCUGUGUGGAGGAUCUGCAGCCUCUCAGUUUGUAACAUCAAUACCCUUUCGGUGAUCUGAGUGGGAGGGGUUGCUAUGAGAAUGAGAUGCUGCACUGAUUGGCUGCUUACAUGUUCAAACGAAGAGGGUGCAGACAAAUGCAGAGGUAGAAAAACACCAAAAUAAACAUGGCAAGCACCCCAGAAACCCUCUCUUCCACUAGUGCACUACACGUGAUCAAGAAUUUGACCUCGAACAGCAGGAGGUAGCUGUUAAAGUGUUGCGGCCAUAGACAAAACAGUACGUCUCUAAGUGGUGCAUUGAAAUUUGACAGUUAUUUCUAUCUUCCUGCCUUUUAUGUGUAACUUUGUGUGGUCUGCCUUGCUAGUUGAAGCAGCUGGAAGUGAGGCAGGUGGCACAGGCAGGCAAAUUAGCACCAUCUAAAUCCAGUAUGUUUACAAAAUUCAAACACAACAAUGCUCCUUUAUGGUGCUCUUGAAAAAAACACAAAAAUCUGUGUUAGUUUUUUUGUAACUAACAAGAAAGUGGUUGAUUCAUAAACCCCAAAGCAAAACCACAACAGUUUAUCAAGAAGCAGAAUCACUCACGCAGUGGUAGUCGUUCUGCAUGUUAGCCUAUGCAAAUCAUUCCUGUCGUUACAUCACCACAGGAGAAUAUUGUAGUUGCCUUUCGUACGUUUUCCCAGUAGAUAAGAAACAGAAACAAUGCAGAGGUUUUUUGCGUCCACGUUCUCAGGGUUGCUAGGCUUGAGAUGACCCAAGUACUCAAAUACAGGCAUUAAAAAACAUGGUUUUCAUUAUAUGGGACCUUUGAAUAAAAUCCAUGUUUAUCCUAUUUAUCUGAGGCCUUUUAACAAUUUAGUUUGGACAGCAAAAUAAUGCAGUUAAGAGGAAAGUUUCUAAGAGAAGUAUGUGGCACUUAGUAAUUUCUGGCAAUAAUAAAUAUUGAUUUUAACAAUAUUUAUUAUAUGUGUUCCCCAUUUCCAAGAAUUCUUCCUAUUAUGCAUUCCAAAAAUGAAUGAGUAAAUAAGUAACACCAAAGCACUGGAGUUGAGGUGGUUCCUCUGCUUUGGCUGAGCCUUCAUUUUCUUUCCUUUUUUUUUUAAUAUCCAGAAGUAUUUGUCAUAAUCUGUCAAGGUUAUGCUAAAUAAAUGACGUCCCAAACUUGUGCCCUGGAGAGGACCAAACCCAGAUAUGUGGCAAAAAGUAAAUCCUGUGUCACUUAACAUGAUGGAGAAUAAUAAGUGUCUUGUCAAUGGAGUGAGUAUGAAACACGAAACUGGUGCAUGCACCUACUUGACUCCCUGAAAAUCUAAAAUGACUGCAUUUGAAUUUGUUAACAUGUUUCAAUGUUGUUUGGAUGUGACUAUUAGAUUUCUAAGUUUUAUGUACUUGAGUGGAGAUGAAAUUAUUAAAAAUGAUACUGAUAAAUUCAAUAAG